UGCGGGCGACGACGGGCUGCCAUGAAUUCGAGUAUUUCCCUCUGAUUUGCCGUUCGCGGAGCCGAAGCGAGGGAUGGCUGCGGAAGCCAAGUACAGCAUCAUUCGAGAAGUGGGCCGAGGGAGCUACGGGGUGGUGUACGAGGCCGUCGUUAACCAAACUCGAAGCAAAGUAGCUGUAAAAAGGAUGCACUGUAACGUGCCCGAAAACGUCGAACUGGCUCUUCAAGAGUUCUGGGCCCUUCAGAGCAUCCAGAGGCAACACGAGAACGUGAUCCAGUUGGAGGAGUGUAUCCUGCAGACCGGUCAAGUCUUUCAGCCCAUCAGGCACCGGUACGGGAAAUCGAACAGCCACUUGCUGCUCAUCGAGACCUGUCUGAAGGGGCGGAGGUGCAUGGAUCCCAAAUCCGCCUGCUUCCUCUGGUUCGUGAUGGAAUUCUGCGACGGGGGCAACAUGAACGAGUACCUGCUGUCUCGCAGCCCCGACGCUCAGCUCAACAACAGCUUCAUGCGGCAGCUCAGCAGCGCCGUGGCUUUCCUGCACAGGAACCAGAUCGUUCACAGAGACCUGAAAUCCGACAACAUCUUGAUUUCUCACCAACGGGGAAGCCCCACAGUAAAGGUAGCGGAUUUUGGCCUCAGCAAGGUGUGUCAGGGGAAGGGGAAUGUGAACCAGCAACGCUUCUCCUCUGUGUGCGGGUCAAACUUCUACAUGGCUCCAGAAGUAUGGGAAGGUCACUACACUGCCAAGGCCGACAUAUUCGCCCUUGGGAUCAUUUUCUGGGCUAUGGUCGAGAGGAUCACCUUCCGAGACGGAGAUUCCGAAAAGGAAUUGCUCGGAACUUACGUCUGCCAAGGCAAGGAGCUUAUUCCCCUCGGAGAAGCGUUGCUGGAGAAUCCCAACCUGAAAUUACAAAUCCCUCUGAAGAACAAGAAGUCCAUGCCAGGUGAUCUCUGCAAGCUCCUGCACGACAUGCUGGCUUUUAACCCCAAGGAAAGAUUGGAUGCCUUCCAGCUGGAAGUCCGGAUCCGGCAAAUCUCCUACGGCAAAAAGCGGCAGCGCUCCGUCUCGUGA